AUGGCAGUGAACGAAGCGCCUUACCUCACGAAUUGUGUGGUGCUGCUGCUGAUGUUGGCAGUCUUCGCCCUGUGCCUCUGCGCUGAUCGGCUGCAGUGCCAGAACAACGGGUGGAGUUCCAUGUGCAUCGGCAAGCUUGCGUACAGGUGCUCAAGUGAACCGUGUCGAUCAUAUGUUAGUACGCCGACCCGCAUCUCAAGGGAGAGUUCGUGUGUAGGCAAGGGAGACGCCGUUGUGCUGAUAGCGCUUGUCGAGGUAGGCCCAUCUGUCGUGUCGGAGAGAGGUAAGCGUAUUAGCGACUAUAUGGCUGAUGAGUUGCGUAGGCAGGUGGAUGCCGGCGAAUUUCAGCGUGCGGUGCGACAAACCCUUAUCGCGCGCCGCUUCAUACCAGGCAAGUCAGAAGACGAUGCGCGAAGGGGGCUUGUAGAGCUAUUCAGGGAGAAAGAAGCAUUGCAAGCGAUCUUGGAUAUUUCUCGAAACCAUACCCGCUACAUGGUGGUGAACGACGCUGUGCCACUGCCUACGGUUGAUGGAACGGACAACUUCCGCUACACCACCUGGUCGGAGGCGGUUAAUGCGGCACUCCCGGUGAGCAAGCUGGAUGAUGCGUCACAGCUGCCUCGCUACUUUCCAAACUUGUUUGGCAAGUUGGUGGAGUUGAGCGAUGAGCGCGCCGCCAGUACAGCGUCGUCUUCGUCAAAGAAAUGUGAUGCGCUGGUGGUCGUGGUGUGUACCAUUGCCCAUCCGCUGGCGAGCGUGCGCUGGGUGUGGCAGACUCCUUGGAAUGCUGGCACGGAGCUCUCAAUGGGGCAUGAGUAUGCACGAGGCGCCGUCACGCGCUACUUGAUGACAUGUAGGCAGUCUCUGAGGUAUGUGAACGAGGUGUACUACUUCCAAUACGUGUCACGGCUGCCUGCGUUGGCGUUCACAGCGGGGGCGCCGAACGACCGACGUGAAGAGCCCUUCAUUGCGGCCACCAAUGCAACGGCGGGGAGAGUGCCGGCCCCCAAUAACAGCUUCUCGUUUGCUGCAGAGUUCUGCAACGCUGUCAACGCGACCGCCCUGUCCAUGCCGCUGCGACCGUGCGGACAGACCUGCGAGAUCUACAGUCGAAUUGAGCCUGAUUUAAUUUCAGGUGAUUAUAAUCUCUUCCGAGCAUCGUUGAGGAAGUACAGCUCCUUCACUUCCACCUCGUCGACCUACAACUGUUACUACGAAGUGCUCUCCACGCUGGGCGGCACCGCGAUCAACGGCACGUUUGACACCAAAAUGGUGUCGCGCGUGUUUGACGACUGCCUGCAUUUCUCACCGGAAGGUGGUAGAGCUUACGCGAAGUGUUUGCUUCGUGGAUAG